UGUUUCAGUCAGUUAUGUUCUGGCUUUCGGUUUAUUUGGACGUAUAAAAAGAGCAUUUUCCGUUUAUUUAUUUUGCUUGCCUCUCCGCCUAUCACUCGUGCCAUAUAUACACACACACUCUUUCUCUCGUACACACAAUCAUAUGUAAAUACGCAGGAACAAUCAGCGGGUCAAGCGGUGGAUUGUACAUACGUUAUGUACAUACAUAUAUGUGAUUGCAAUUGUUUACAAAGAUACUAAAGUGAUAGAUUGAUUCGUAUUUGUUGCUUGCAACGCUCGUCGCAGAUACAAGAUGUAUGGGAUGCUGCAGGCUCUCAAGUGAAAAUAAAACGGAAUAGAAAAUAUAGUCGCUGUAAUAUAAAUAAUCCGAAUCUAAAGGAGAAUAAAUGCGAGCAAGAGCGCAUAAAUGCUAAAUGAAACAUAAAAUAUGGCGGGUAUAUUUCGAUCUACCUCUCUAAACAACUCAAACGAUGCUGGCGGCACUCCAUUCAAGCGAUACUCGCUGAACUCGGGCAACGGAACAUUCUGCACCACCCCGGGAACCUUGCAAGAUGUCACUAUGGAGAACUCAUAUGCCAGUUUUGAUGCGGCACGACCACCGGGCGGCAGUCACUCGCCCAUGUUGGCCCAAGGCCGAUCGGUGCGCGAACUGGAAGAGCAGAUAUCCACGCUGCGCAAGGAGAACUUUAACCUAAAGCUGCGCAUCUACUUCAUGGAAGAGAAUCAGGCUAGCGGUCGUGGCAAUCUUCCGAUUGAAAUCUUAAAUAAGCAGCUAAUCGAUGCCAAGAUCGAGGCCGAAAUGCUGCGCAAAACCGUCGAUGAGAAGAUGGAGCUGUUGAAGGAUGCUGCCAGGGCCAUUACGCACCAUGAGGAGAAGCAGCGCAAGGCAGAUCUCGACAGUCAGACCAUAAUAGAUGGACUGCAGGAACAGAUACGCGCAUAUGAAUUCGCAACAUCGAAUAAACCAGGCGACAAUAUUGACUUCCAGAAGCUCAGGCGCCUGGAGUUGGAAGUGCAAAAACUGAACGAAGAACUUCUCGAGACAAACAAGCGCCAUACGGCGGCCCAAAAUGAGCUGGAAUUCACUCUGGCCGAACGCCUGGAAUCGCUGACCGCCUGCGAGGCCAAGAUCGAGGAGUUGGCCAUCAAGAAUGCCGAAAUGGUGGAGCUCCUUGAGUUGAAUGCCGAGGCCAGCGAUGCAGCAAACGGCAAGCAGGAGCUGGGCGCCCAACUGGCUGACAAGGUGUGCGAGCUUCAGGAGGCCCAGGAGCAGCUCAAGGAGCGUGAGCGGAUACACGAGCAGGCCUGUCGCACCAUCCAGAAGUUGAUGCAGAAGCUGAGCAGCCAAGAGAAGGAGAUCAGGCGGCUCAACCAAGGGAAACAGCAGGAGCAGCAGCAGCAGUCGGUAAACAAGGAGAACGACAGCGCCAAGGCUGGGGCUUCAUCCUCAAUGACAGGCGGACGCUCGCUGAGUGACAACGAGGCCUGCUCUCCCGAAAUCUCCGUCAGCCUCAAGGUGCGCUACGAGCAAAAGAUCGCCGAGCAGGAGGAGAAAAUCAAGCAGCUGCAGGCCGAGGUCAAAAAGAAGACGGCCAACCUACAGAACUUGGUCAACAGGGAGCUGUGGGAGAAGAACCGCGAAGUGGAGCGUCUCACCAAGCUGCUGGCAAACCAACCGAAAGUGCUGCCUCAAAUUGGAGAGGAGUCUGCCGGAGAGGCUGACCUGCAGAAAUCCUUCACCGAGGCUGAGUACUCGCGGGCCUUGGAGCGUAACAAGCUGCUGCAGCGCAAGGUGGACGUGCUCUUCCAGCGUCUGGCGGACGAUCAGCAAAACUGCGCUGUGAUCGGGCAGCUGCGCUUGGAGCUCCAGCAAGCUCGCUUGGAAGUUGAGACGGCGGACAAAUGGCGCCUGGAGUGCGUGGAUGUCUGCGGUGUUUUGACCAAUCGGCUGGAAGAGCUGGCCGGCUUUCUGAACUCCCUGCUAAAGCACAAGGAUGUCCUUGGCGUACUGGCGGCCGAUCGCCGCCAUGCCAUGCGCAAGGCUGUGGAUCGCAGCCUGGACCUCUCCAAGAGUCUCAAUAUGACCCUAAACAUAACGGGUGCCUCGCUGGCCGAUCAGAGUCUCGCGCAGCUGUGCAAUCUCUCCGAGAUCCUCUACACCGAGGGCGAUGUUAGCCACAAGACUUACAACUCUCACGAGCAGAUCCAUGCCGCCAGUUCGAUGACGCCGACCAUGGAGAACCUCAAGGCGGAGAACAAGGCCCUGAAGCGGGAGCUGGAGAAGCGGCGCAGCACCGACGGACAGCAGAUGCCGCGCAAGGAGCGUCGCUCCCUGCCUUUACCCACUCAGCAGCUGGACAACCAGAGCGAGUCGGAGGCUUGGUCGGAACCCGAUCGCAAGGUAUCGCUGGCGCGCAUAGGACUCGAAGAAACCUCCCAUAGUUUGGCAGCGCCCUCAGAGCAGCCGGCCAGCGAGUCGGAGAGCGAGGGCAGGGCUUGCUCCAUGCGCCAGGAGCGGAACCGGAACAGCGAACGCAUUGCCCAGCUGGAGGAGCAAAUAGCCCAGAAAGACGAGCGUGUGCUAAACGUACAGUGUCAGCUGGUCGAGCUGGACAAUCGCUACAAGCAGGAACAGCUGCGGUGCCUGGAGAUCGGCCAGCAGCUGGAGCAGUUGCGAGCCAUCAAUGAGGCUCUCACCGCCGAUCUGCAGGCCAUCGGUUCGCACGAGGAGGAGCGCAUGUUGGAACUGCAGCGCCUGCUGGAGCACAAGAACCAACAGAUUGACCAGCUGAAGCUGGCCCAAAGCACUCUGACAGCGGAUGCGCAGAUAACCGAGAUGGAACUGCAGGCGGCACAGCAGCAGAUCCAGGAGAUUGAGCAGCGACAUGCCGAGUCCGUGGACCUAAUGCAGUCCCAGCUGGAGCAGCAUAAACAGGAAGCUCUAAUGCAGCUAGAGGAGCACGAGCGCCUGCACAAGGAGGCUUUGGAGCGCGACUGGGUGGCUUUGACCACCUAUCAAGAGCAGGCCCAGCAGCUGCUGGAGUUGCAGCGUUCCUUGGACUAUCACCAGGAGAAUGAGAAAGAACUGAAGCAGACGCUUGUGGAAAACGAGCUGGCCACGCGGGCUCUGAAAAAGCAACUCGACGAGAGCACCCUGCAGGCCUCCAAGGCUGUUAUGGAACGCACCAAGGCCUACAACGACAAGCUGCAGCUGGAGAAGCGCUCCGAGGAGCUGAAGAUGCAGCUGGAGGCGCUGAAGGAGGAGCAGCGUAAGCUAAUGCAGCAGCAGCAGCAGAAGCGUGCCAAUAGCAGCGAUGUCUCACAGUCGGGUUACACCUCCGAGGAGGUGGCAGUGCCCAUGGGUCCACCAGCAGGACAUGGCCAGGCAGUCAGUUCUGCCUCCAACCCGGCAACGGCUGCAGUCUUGGCACAGAGGGUUAACAACUCGUCACCCGAUCUGGGCAUAGAGAGCGAUGCCGGGCGAAUCUCCAGCGUGGAGCUGUCCAAUGCCCAGCGAGCAAUGCUGAAGACUGUGGAGCUGAGUGGCGAGCAGAAGAUAAAGUUAGACGAUUCAACUUCACCUGAAAGCAAGGCCAACCUGGCUGCAUCAUCCGUAUCCACAGCCACAGCAACGGCCCACGACUGUGCCAAGGUAGAUCUUGAAAACGCCGAGUUGCGGCGCAAACUAAUCCGCACCAAGCGAGCAUUCGAAGACACCUACGAAAAGUUGCGUCUGGCUAACAAAGCAAAAGCACAAGUCGAGAAAGACAUCAAGAAUCAGAUACUAAAAACGCACAACGUGCUGCGAAACGUUCGCUCCAACAUGGAGAAUGAGUUAUAACGUCCAGUCAAUCAGCAUUAACCCGAGAGGCCACAUCCGAACCAACCAACCACCCCCCACCCACCCAUUACUUGCCAUUUUGAAACGUUUCUUGCCAUCAUUAUCGUUACUUUCGUUUCUUCUCGUCAGCAUGUUGCAAUUUGUUGUCUCGUUUGCUAACUUGAUAUUAAUUUAUGUUCACCUACUUGUUGUGUGGAAUGGAACGGAAACAACGAAGUUAUUAACACGGAUUACCUAUGCAUUUUCAAAAGACUGUUAAGGGGCAUCGAACUGAGCCUGAAAGAACGAAAUAUCACACUUGUUUUGGCAACCUGUAUCUAAUGAUCACUACCUAAUAACCUGGAGCACUCAUUCAUAUUGAAUGACAGUUAACAUAAAAUGUAUAUUAGAACGUGUAUAUAUCCAUCCUCGUAGUACCUAAAAAUUUAUGAAUACUCUUUAGCGUACAAAACUCUGGUUUUAUGUGUCGAAUAACCCAAUUUAUGUUCAUGUAUCCAUCACUUGCAUGUAGCUAAGGCUUUCUUAAUUACUUAACCGCCGCUCUGAAUUACUGAUUUCAGUUAAUCAUCGAAACGGACAUUGAAAUAAUUGUUUGAAAAAAAAAGAAAGAAAAAAUUAAAUGAAAUCCAAGCAUCCCUUUGUACAAUGUGUAAAAAGUAAAACUGUGCGGUGUCCUGGAGAACAAAGACCUAGAACUUAAGUCAUUUGUACCCUGUCGUUUUAUGGAAUAAAAACAAUUGCGUUAGAAUAACAUUUGAAA